UUGGUGGUAGCACGAGCAGGCCCGUGUCUACACGUUUGAGAGGUCCAUCAGUCUGGUUGUUCGACACUUCUACAGUGACCCGCGGAGCUUCGUCGGUGAUCCCAUUCUUAGAUCUAGGGUUUCCGGAGUCGAUAGACACUACCGGAGCCUCGAUCGAUGGUUUCUCCUUCGACGCCAUGGACUGGAGGUGACGUUCUUCCGCUCGCUUCUCCAUUUCCAUGAAUCGCUGGUCAGUCUUCUUCGAUGCUUCUCGCAGCUCGUCCAGGAUACUAGCCACGCUACCCUCCAGCGCAGAGAUCCUAUCGGGGUUGGAAUCUUGCUUAGGCGGUAUGAUCGGCUCUGAUACCAAUGAUAAAGCCCUGAAGAUUAGGGUUUAUCUCGUGACAGAAAGGGGAGAGGAGAGAGAGAAGAUAAGAUGAGAAGAUAGAUAUUUGAUUAAUUGUUUUGAUCAUGUUUCUCACACACAUAACUCGACUUAAGUAAGCCUAAAGAAAAUACCAAAACGACAACGCAUAACUCAAACGACUUAACAUAAUUAUUAAGACCUUCUCUCUCACUUAGAGUCUUUCUUCCAUCUCUUCUCUUCUUCACUUCAGCCACUUCUCUGUCUCUUCGACCUUCUCUGAGCAAAUGCUAAGGGAACUGCUAGCUUAUCAGCAAGCAACGAGGGUUUCUGGAACUUGAUCUUGUUUUGGGGAACUGGGUUGAAGAGAAUGUCAAUUCCAUGGACGAGAACACCGUUAAAUCCCUAAUUCAUGUCCUCGAUUUGGAAAACCCUGAUCUUUGGAAAUGGUUAACUGGUCAGGAACAACCUCCGGAGAUAGUGAGCUCAAAUCCGGUAUUCUUGGCGUUGCACAAGAAAGUCAUGACGAAUCUGAACAAGCAUGCAGCACCAAAGACGCGUGCAGAAGCUGGACAGCCUUGGGUCAAAGGCUGGGAUGAUUUCAAGAGAGGCCGUGAUGCUCCCAUCUCAGGGAACCAGUAAAAUAAAAUAAAAACACUACUUACGAAAGUAACAAAUUUCCAAAAAGAAAAUACGUUUAUAUAAAAAGUAUCUUUACAUAGAUACCGAGUAGUGUUUACCUUUUACUAUUGUAUGAAUAAAGCGUGAGAGCGUAUAAUGCGUCUCAGAAGUGAAUUACAGGAUGUCUUGAAAGAGUGAAUUACAGGAUGUCUUGCUUGUCGAAGUUCUUGAUAUAUAAAUACAGGUAUCAAGGGAUUGCGUUUGUUGAAUUCGUUUUGUGUUUUCUGUAUAUGGGCCUCUUAUUUCAACUUUGGCAAGUGUUGGACAGUAAAGUAGGGACUUUUCUUUCCCCAAAAUGACUCGAUCCAGCAUAAGCUUGGAUAUUCGGGUAUUUGGUUUGGUUCCUGAUACCGAGAUCGUUUUCGGUCAGGUAAUUGUAUUAUGCCCCCUUGUAGGAACCGAUGGUGGUUCGGUUUGUUUUUAGAUUGUUUUUUGAUUGGUUCGGAAAUUUCAUAAUUAGUUUUUUAACAGGCUCAUUUGGGUGAAUAACCAAAACAAGAAUGAAAAUUAGGUAAGUGGACAUUUUUUUAUUAAUUGGCAAACCAGGAGAAAGAACCGCAUGGAAAGUCCAUAUUAUCUUUGUUGCAAUCAACUGAAUCCAUCUCUAUUUUACCUGCUACCGGCUACUUCCAUUAAGUGGCAUCGUUUGUAAAUUGUGAUCCAAAACAACUCUUCGCAGAAGGCUUUUAGUCCAUCUAUGUCACAACUGUUGCCGGAAUUCGAAACAGUAAAUUUAUAUGCAAUACGUUAUCCCAUUUUCAUAGUAAUUGAUGAUAUAUGAAAUAACCAACGACAAGAUUUCAAACGUAACAAAAUAUUCUGCACAUUUGAUUUUCAUUCUGAUUUUACAUAAAAUGGAGUACCUACAGCUGACCCAAAUCGGAAUGAAAUCAAUUACGUCUUCUAAUGAUUGGAAUGAUAUUUGGAGAGAAGUGAUAUUGGUGAGGUCGAGUACUGUUGCUGUCAAAAUGUCGACUUGUCACAUUAAAUAAGUGAUGGGGGUGAGUUUGAGAACUGUUGAGAAUAAAAAAUGAUAUAUAUGUCUAUCAAAAGCCAUCAAAAUAUCUCUUCUUCUAAACAUACGCUCUAAUAACCAUAGAAAUGUUAAGGACGGGAUGUUUACACGAUUACCUUGUAAUCAACACACAUAGAUAGCAACAGGGUUGUACUGUCAAAAAUUUCCUUAAAUAGCGUUCUUGAUGCUCGCCAUUGCGUCCACAAUAACUUCACUCACUUCCGUAAACAAAUCAGGAAGCUGAAUAUACCAAACAAAGCCUCCACUGCAGACACAAAUAUCAUACAAGAUGGGUCAACUUGUCAAUAUUCGAAGUGGCCGAUGGGACAAAACAGAAGAAGGCGGGUGGAAAUUCGAACGAGAGGAUUCAGAGGUCUAUCAUUAUAUAGUUGCACGAACCAACGAAAGAAUCGAAAAGUUUACUAAACUAGUCCGUCAGCAGCUCCGUAUUGGAGAUUAUGUCCUCUCGUCCUGACAUAUCAGCUACCCGGAUGCAUGUUCCAGGAUGAUCCAUCUGCGCACGCACCAAUAACUUUAUUGACUUCUGAAGACAUAGAGAUAAUGAUGAGUGUGAAAGAGUGGAAGAAUGAGGUGGUAACCUGUGUCACGUACGGUGCAGUCAACAUAGCCAAGUACCAGUUUCUGUGCCGGACUCCAUUCACAAUUGGUGAUACUACAUAUCUAGGUGACGGUAUUAGCGAGGAGGAGCACUGUUCAAUGAUUAAUUCAAUGGUAGAAGAUGACGAGUUCACCUGUGUUGGGAGUGUCCUAAAGCAGUUAUUCAGUGAAGAAAAGUUGAUUCUUGUGUAUCGAUUUUCUUUUGAAAUCGAAAAAGCAAGAAAAAACUUUGAUCUUUUACCAAGCCCAGAAAUAAGUGGUACAAGGAAGGAGAUAGAGGAAAGGCCCACUACUCAUCAACGAAACGAAGCAAAUGGUGAGGACCAAUCCCCAUCGGAUUACCCAGAAGAAUCAAUCAUACGUCUUAACGUAGAUGAAGAACACGAUUACUUAAAUGAUGAUUGGGCAGAGGUGGUGAGUGGUCAACAAAAUUGGGAUAAUGGUAUUGAUCCUGAAUGCUAUGUCACAGCAGCUAUCCCACAUUAUCUUACUUCCCGUACUAAUGACGAUGACACAAGCACUCCAGGUUUCAACGUCAAUGUUUUUGAUCUCGAUACAUCCUCUACUGGAUCAACCGGCGAUGUUAACGUAACCGUAAUAGGAAACACAUGUUGGAAUCCAAUCAAUGUUCCCAUGACCGAGAACAGUGACAGAGGCCAAACAUCAAAGACCCCGUCCAAAACAGUGAAUGGUGUAACCAAAGGGGGAAUGACAGAACUUCUACCAGACGUAUAUGUCAACGUAACCGAUGAUUCAGAUAUCCCACAUAUCACCCACUUACAAACCCCUAGAAGACAAUCAUUCAUAGGAGAAGAUGACUCAUGUUCCGAAAUAAUUGGAAAAAAAAGGGGUUGGAGCUGACAAAGAAAGUGAUAUUUACGUGGGAAUGAUCUUCAACUCCCUGGAAGAUUUCAAGCUGCAUAUGGCUAUGUAUGCUAUUAGAAAUAUAUACCGAUUCUGAAACAGCUGGUCCUCUCCGGGUGGAAUAGUUCUGAGAUGCUUUAGCGAGACCUGUAAGUGGCGAGUCUACGCUGUGAUCCUUAAAAACACCCAGUUAUAUGAAAUUAGGAAGGUGGAGCUAAACCAUUCUUGCACCGUUGACGACCGGACGGGGUACCAAUCUCAAGCUACCCAUACUGUCAUUGGAGGAAUGAUGAGGAAAAAUUUGCUGGAAGAGGGGGCGGUCCACGACCAAAUGAUAUUCGUCAAGCCAUGCAAGGUGAUCACGACGUUCACAUUUCGUACUGGAAAGCCUGGAGGUCGAGAGAGGUUGCGUUAGACUACGCAAAAGGAUCUUGCGGAGCAUCAUACAAUUUGCUUCCCACGUACUUGGAGAAGCUAGUCAUGGCUAAUCAGGGAAGUAUUACACAGAUCCACACCGAAUAUGCUGACGGUAUAGGUCAUAGGUUCAAGUAUAUGUUUCUGGCUUUGGCUGCUAGCAUCGAAGGAUAUAGAUUCAUGAGGAAGAUUGUUAUAGUUGAUGGCACACAUUUGCGAGGCAAGUAUGCCGGGUGUUUGUUGACCGCUUCCGCGAAGGAUGGAAACUAUCAAGUGUUCCCUUUGGCAGUUGCGGUUGUCGAUGGUGAGAAUGACAAGGCUUGGGAAUGGUUUUUCACAAAACUUUCCCAAUUCAUACCCAACAAUGAAGACAUUGUAUUUUUCUCUGACAGACAUCCAUCCAUAUACAUCGCAAUUGCAAAGGUGUUAUAUUUGGAUUUAUAUGUACUAUUAUAUACCAGUAGCUCCUAGAAUAUUAUUUACCAGUAGCUCCUAUAAUCUACUGUUAAUAUCGAGAAGAUGUACAAUACACAUAACUAAAGAAUAUUGAAUUGAAGAAGUAAGUGACGUUUUGAUAACUGCAUUAUGAUUUUAAAACCGGAUAUGGAAUUAAUGAUUAUGACUACGUACAGGUGUAUCCGGCGGGGCGUCAUUGCGCAUGCAUUUUACAUCUCAAAAAAAAUAUAAGGACGUACUUCAAAGAAAAACAUUUGGGAUACCUCGUUGGGAAAGCUGCUAGGGCGUAUAAGUUAUCAGACUUUUACAUUACUUUCAACGAAAUUAAAAGAGUUAAUGAAUCAUGUGCAGAUUACCUCCUUGGGAUAGGAUUAGAACAUUGGGCACGGUCACAUUUCUAGGGUAACCGUUACAACAUUAUGACAAGUAAUGUGGCAGAGACUUGGAAUUCAGUAUUACGAGAUGAAAGAGAAUAUCCUAUCCUCUCGCUCAUCGAAUACAUCAGGGCCAAGCUUAUGACGUGGUUUGCCAAAAGAAGACACCUUGAAAGGGGAGAAGGUAAAAUUCUAACGCCUCGUGUUGAAGAGAUCCUCACAGCUAUCCCUUUGGGUAACCAUGAUAGCAGAAGGCGAGUAUGAGGUCCGUAACAAGGAGGGAGCCACUUUUCAUGUGAAUCUUUAUCACAAAACCUGUACAUGCUAUGAGUUUCAAGCACUCAUGAUAUGCAAUUGCUGCUUCGACAAGGGCCCAAAUCAGAAUUGACUCGUUAGUUGAUGACUGUUACAGUAGAAGCACAUACAGGGCAGCAUACUCAAAGAAAAUUAAUCUUGUCGUUGAAUACGAAAGCAUAGAGAUUCCAUCAAGUGAGAGUUCUGUUUCUGGCGUCGAAAUAAAUCCACCAUCUAGUCGGAGGCCACCAGGAAGACCAAGGAAAAGCCGGAUUUUAUCGAGGGGAGAAUUUCAGAUAAACGUCUGCAUUGGUAGAUGUAUGUAUAUAUUUAUAAUAUUAAUGUAAUUUGGAAUUGCAGAUGAGAGGACCGAAAAAGAGGACAGUGUGCAGUCGAUGCAAGUGUGCGGGUCAUAACAGAGCCACUUGCAAAGUGGCAAUAUAAAGGUGACAUAAUCAAAUAUUGGGGAAGGUGGAGGCUCGGAUGAUGAAGGUGUAAGUACGAUUUGGAGCGAUUAAACUGGAUAUCCUUAAUGUCGCAGAUUAAUGUAAACAAAAGACCAGUUUGCGGUUAGUGGACGAAGUAUCUAAAAUUCCCGAGUUUGUAAAAUAAAUAAUAACAUCUUUCCUCUUGUAUUAAAUGAGAUAAUAUAAGCUGCAGUUGUCUGAAAUAUGACGAGUACCAGUUCCAAUAUUAUCGUUAUAAUUAACUGGAUAUUAGCACCAGACUUAUUGGGGAAGAAAGAUUCAAAACCAUACUCUAUAUUCAAUAAACCCAAACCCAAUUGUAUUGGGUUAGAAUUACGAAAUUAAUAAACACAAAACCAAUGCUAAACCCACUUAAAAUAAGAGUAAACCGCAACAGUUACCGGAUUUCCUUAUAAAUACACAUUAAACACAUAAUAUGAACUAAGACCUACGAUAGGAGAAGUCACCACUUAGGGGCUGCGACAACAUUGACAGAACUCAUAAGAAAAAAAGUCAUCACAAAAUAACACCUACUAGAAAAGGAACACACGGAAACACCCAGAAACCCCCAGAACCAGCUUCUACUUCGGGGGAUAAACGAAAAUACUAAACACGAACUUGCUGAUGACAUUGCCGACAAUGGACUAAACACAGCACAUCACAUUUGUAUCUUGGAAGUUAAUUUGUCGAGCAGAGCAACAAUCUAUAACAUAUCUUUCUUCAGAUCUGUAAUCUCUUCCUUCAUUCCAAUCAUCACCUCCUCCAUCGCUGCUAGCUUCCCAGUAAUAACCUCUAUCUCCUCAAUAAUCGCAUCAUCAGCCCACUUGAAAACAUGGUUUUCACCAAAAAACAACUCCACAUCUAUAAAAUUUUCGGCCUGGAUUUUCCCUAGUUUUUUAUGUUAACGCAAUUGUCAUUGCUCCACACUGACACCGCCUAGGAAUCCCAGGACCUAAUUCCAUGGCCAUUCCGGUGGGAAUUAAACUUCCGAGAUCAGAUAUACAAAAGAACAACAAAGUCCUGUCAGAUGAGGAAACGAAAAUAUAAUUUGAAAUAGGGACGUACUACCUGAUCGAAUUCUAGUGUUUGGUGAAUGGUAGGAUAAUUUCGCUGCAACAGGAGAUCCCUAAAUGCAACGCCAAGUGAAACCUGAGAAUUGAAAAGCACCGAACUCGAAAACUAGGUUUCUGGUGAAGUUAAAACGCUGCGAUGUGGUACCUUUUUGAAACUCAACCUCACCGAUAAUGGGCCUACAAUGAUAACAACGUAGGAUAAUGGACCACGUCAAUUGUAAAGUGACUAUUGAAGAUAUUUGCUGAAGUUAUCUUACUAUACAAGACUUUAUGAGGAUAGAAUUUGAGGACAAUGACAUUUAUAAUUAAAUAUUCAAGAGUUGUUUUGUCAUGUCAGGAAAAUAGGUAAUGAUGGUAACCUAGCCCUAGGUACGCUGCAGCAUUAAAUAGGAAGAUAUGCAGUAGAUUCUCUCUUUUAACCUCCAUCUGUAGGUGAUACUGGUUUUUGAAGCCUGUAUUUUGCUUUAUAUAGGUGCUUCCCCUAUCAACUUCUACAACACAAAAAAAAGCGACAACACCGGAUAGCAUCUGAAGAAACUGAAAAGAACUUCAGUUGAGUGGGAGUCGGAGACUGUUCAAGAUUCAUAAAGGUGAUUCUUUUAACUUCAACAGCAUAAUCGUUUCUAUUUCUUAUUUACUAAUGGGACCACUACGUUGGCGAAAUCCAUAGAUCUAGGAGACAUAAAAUCAUGUGUUCCAUUGGUCAGCAAAAAUGAAAUUAUAUAUAAUUGUUUUUUUAUCUUCUCCCAGUAAUCUUCUUUUGCAAUAUCUACAGAUGGCCCGUCUUGUUCGUGUAUUUGAGGGACAGUGGUUGAAAUCACAGUAAGGAAUGUGGAGGUUCGAAGAAGAUCCAACCAUCGGAGGCCGUGAUAUACUCAUCGGGAAAACUGAACAAGUUAACGCACUUAAGGACCAUGUGAAGAGUGUUUUGACUCUUCGUAGAGAGACGCCGAUGGUUGUCACCUUUCAGCUCCCCCAAUGGAUGCUAGAGCCGGAUGGGGAAACAUGGCCACCACAUAACAUCAACACCAACGCAGACAUCGAUAUGAUGAUGAGCGUACAUGAAUGGAAUGUUGAACCCAAACUUUGCGUCAUAUGUGGUGCUGAGGAUGUUGCGACCUACCAGUUUAGGUGCAGGGCACCUUUCACCAUCAGAUCUAUCACUUUCCUAGGAGACGGUGUUCCAGAGGAGCAACACAUGGCCAUCGUUUUAGAUAUGAUAAGGGGAAACGAGAUCGUGUGCAGUGACCAUGUACUAAAUGAACUCUUUGAUGAGCAAAAAAUGGUCUUACUGUAUCGUUUCUCUCUGGAGAUUGAAAAAGCAAAAACCAGUCUCAACCUCAAUUUAGCAAACAUGGUGGAAACAGACGACCACAUUGUACCUAAUGUUGAGAAUGCAGACGUGGAGACACACGUUGAGGCGGGAGGUGGUGUUGUCAAUACCGAGAUCAACGCAGCAGCUGAAACGGGUCAUGUUCCUUUUAAUAAUCCAACUCAACUUGGUUUGUUUUUCUUCCACAUUUUCUGCUACUUAAUUAUGUUACUCCACUCCCCGGAAAAUCAUAAACACUUACUUUAUUUGUUUUGUUUUAAAAUUACGUAUCAUAUAGUCAAUAAAUUGCCAUACAUAACUGUAGACUUAAAUCGAUCUGUAAGGUUUCAUUCCGUCAACACAGCUGGAUACGUGAGGGCCUCUCUUCCUCCCACUAUGUAUGACCCACAUUAUUAUACACCACAAUGGGGAACCAUGGACGUUACAAGAAGGUAUUGGGACAACUUAAUGUCAUCCAGGUAUGCAGUCGAGUUGCAGAGAAUUUAUGGAGUUCCCGGAUCUGAGUACGUUGGAUACGGCCCAAAUGACCUCAACAUCGGGAACCCUAUUCAUCCACAUCUUCAAGCUUCCCCUAGCGGUCCACUUAUGCAUGGGUACGAGGUUCCUAUAGAAGUUUCCUCGACCGCUUCCUCGACCAAGGUGAAGGAGGUUAAUGAAAAUGGAGGUAACCUCAACACUUCCAAACUAACAGGUGCAGGAGCUCCCAUAUCUGUUGACAAAGGUGAAUCCUCCAACCGGGCCGUAGCUGCAACUCAUGGGGACUUUGAGGUUAAGUUCCAACUACAAGACGGACAGCGAAGAGCAGAUGAUGAUGGAAGUGCUGGAGGGUCUGCUGCGGCUUGAACAAGCUGCACACCAAUAUGUUUAAUUACAACGUGAAAGCUUGUUGUAUUUUGUUUUAAACCCUUUUGGUACUGUAUAAUAUUGUGGUAAACUUGGAAUGUACGGUAAAGCACGGGAGCUGUUUAGUGUUUUGAUGUAUUAUACUCGCUCCAAUGGUCUAAUGGUUGUUUUGUAUGAAGACGAAUGUGUGAUAUGAAACUAUAUUAAGUUGCAUGUAUUGUAUACCUUCACUUCCAUGUUUUUAAAGCGCUGAAGUAAAACGGAUAUUAAUUGGAUAUUGUCACGUUUUGAAAAUAAUGUUCAGCAAAACCAAGUGUAAAUUGAAUCACCAUGGUUACAAAAUUAUUGCCUCAAAAGUACUGACUGAAGGACUCAUAUAAGCACACGACUCUUUAAUCUU